AUGGAAGCUGUUAAGCAGGUACCGAGCGAAACGAGAGACGCUUACAGAGUUACUUACAUAAUCCAUUUCUUGCUCGGCGCAGGAAACUUACUUCCCUGGAAUGCAUUUAUCACAGCAGUUGAUUACUUUGCCUACUUAUAUCCAACCAACCACAUUGAAAAAGUUUUCUCCGUGGCCUACAUGGUUUCGUCUGUUUUCGUACUUCUUGUGAUGAUGAGUUGGGGAGGUUGGAGUAAAACAACACUAAGGUUGAGAAUGAACUUGGGGUUCUCAAUGUUUGUUAUGUCUCUAAUGGUAGCUCCCGUCAUCGACUGGGCCUCGAGUAGCACGACGAUGAAAGAGAGACCGAGCGGUGCUUAUGGCAUGACAGUUGCAGCUGUUGUUAUAUGUGGUUUAGCAGAUGGAGUUGUUGGUGGAAGCUUGAUAGGAUCAGCAGGAAAGCUUCCAAAACAGUAUAUGCAAGCUGUUUUUGCUGGAACUGCUUCUUCAGGUAUUAUAAUUUCAAUCUUGAGGAUAAUAACAAAGGCCUCACUACCUCAAACUCCAAAGGGUCUCAAAAUAAGUGCUCACUUGUACUUCAUGGUAUCCAUAGUUUUCCUUCUAUGUUGCAUUGUGUUUAGUAACUUGCAACACAAGUUACCUGUGAUGCAGCAGUAUCAACAGAGCCAACUUCAGGAUAGUGCCUUAUGCUCCAAGACAAAAUUUUGUGCAGUGGCAGGGAAAAUCAAGGGUCCGGCUUUCGGAAUUUUCAUAAUCUACAUAGUAACUCUAUCUAUCUUCCCAGGAUUUAUCGCAGAAGAUCUUGAAUCCAAGGUUCUUAAGGAUUGGUAUCCGAUAAUACUGAUUACAGUUUAUAAUUUAGCCGAUCUUAUGGGAAAAUCAUUAACUGCUUUCUAUGUUCCGCAAUGUAUCAAAAGAGCUAUAUGUGCUGCCACAGCAAGGCUAUUAUUCUAUCCACUUUUUAUAGUCUGUCUUCAUGGACCCAAUUGGUUGAAAACCGAAGUUCCAAUGAUUGUUCUUACAUUUCUACUAGGAUUCACCAAUGGAUACCUCACUAGUGUUCUUAUGAUUCUAGCUCCCAAGUCAGUGCCUUUCUCGGAAUCAGAGUUGUCGGCUAUUGUGAUGACCGCGUUCCUCGGAUUCGGGUUGGUUGGUGGUUCGGUCCUCGGUUGGUUCUGGAUAUUGUGA